CGCUUGUUCACUUCUCCGCACUCCAUCGUCCAUCCCAAGGAGAAAAACGCCUUUCCCUCCUCCUACGUCGUCUCACUUGACCCCACUUUUUCGGAGCACAGAGAGAUAACUAAGACACGUGUACACUUUGAUCUUAUACGUUGUAUUUUGAGGCUUACAUUGUGAGAAGUUAGUAUGUAGUAGCGCGCCGAUCUCGCAACUGCAUCACGCACGGAAAGUUGUAACCGCCAACUUUGUGCUCUUUACAUUCUUGUGCUGUCAAAUUGAACAAUUAUUAAGUGACGUCUACUAGACGGUUCAGCAGUGUUCGCGAAUAUGGCACCAACAAAUGAUAAACAAAUGCCUAUAAAUUAUGCCGAUUUAGUUCAGCAGUCACGGGAUACAUUUAACAGUGGAAAAACAAGGCCGAUAGAAUGGAGAAUCAAACAAUUGAAACAAUUUCUGCUUAUGUUAACAGAAAAUGCUUCAGAACUUACAGCAGCUUUUUCAUCAGAUUUACGUAGGAGCAAGUUCGAAACGUUUGCAUUGGAAAUCGAUUAUACAAUUCAAGAGAUUAAGUAUUUGCUCAUGAAUAUUAAAAAAUGGUCAGCAACAGAAAAGCCGGCCAAGUCACUUGCGUACUUUUUCGAUAUGAUAGAAAUCCGGAAAGAUCCUUAUGGAGUUGUAUUAAUCAUGGGUGCAUGGAAUUAUCCCCUUCAACUAACUGUACUACCUAUGAUGGGCGCUAUUGCAGCUGGAAAUUGCGUGAUUGUAAAACCUUCUGAAAUUGCAGCGACUACGGCAAAAUUUUUAUACGAGACAAUACCGAAAUAUUUAGACACGGAUAGUUGCCGGAUAAUACUAGGAGGGAUUCCAGAAACGACAGAACUCCUCAAGCAACGUUUUGAUUAUAUUUUUUAUACUGGAUCCUCUACGGUUGGAAAAAUCGUACGGAAAGCUGCUAAUGAGUUUCUCACACCUGUUACGUUAGAGCUGGGUGGAAAGAGUCCCGUGUAUAUAGAUAAUACAGUAGAUAUAUCAAUGGCAGCAAAACGCAUUUUAUGGGGUAAAUGCAUCAAUGUUGGUCAAACUUGUAUUGCACCCGAUUAUAUGUUAUGUACACCCGAGAUACAAAAAAAAUUUGUUGAGGAAACCAAAAAGAUUUUACACGAAUGGUAUGGUGACAAUCCACAGGAAAGUCCCGAUUUAGCACGCAUUAUUUCGGACAAACAUUAUCAGCGGCUUGUUAAUUAUUUAAGUGAUAAAAGCAAAAUUGCUGUUGGUGGCGACAUGAAUCCUACAGAAAAAUUUAUUUCGCCUACAAUACUAGUUAAUGUCAAACCAACGGAUCCUAUCAUGCAAGAGGAGAUAUUUGGACCAAUAUUACCUAUAAUAAAUAUUAAUAAUGCAUACGAAGCAAUUAAUUUUAUUAACAAUCGGGAGAAGCCUUUAGCGUUGUAUUUAUUUAGCCUGGAUAAAGGAACUACAUCUUUGUUCAUUAAUAAUACGUCUAGUGGCUCCAUUUGUAUCAAUGACACGAUAUUACAUGCAGCAGUUGAAAGUCUACCUUUUGGAGGAGUAGGAAAUUCUGGUAUGGGAGCUUAUCAUGGAAAAUUUACAUUCGACACAUUCACGCAUAAAAAAGGCUGUUUGAUUCGGAAUUAUAAUAAAAUUGCAGAAAUCGUGGCCAAGUCUCGUUUUCCACCAUAUUCUGAUGCAAACUUAAAGUUGCUCAGAUAUUUAGUCGAAAGAAGACCUAGUCUGCCUUUUUUGAAGUAUAUACCGUAUGUGCUUAUGUUUGGUCUCGGGGUGCUCACCACAAUUGGAAUCAAAGCUGCAAUGAAGGAAUAUAAUUACACGGAGGAGUAGUUAUAAUGCCACUGAUAUCACGCAGCGCCUUCAUACAUCUAUAGAGAUUUUGUAAUUUAUACUUGAAUAUGUAAAUUAGAAAUUGCUUUUUACACUUAAUCUUGUAACACAAUAGAGAAUGUAAAAAGUCUUGUAUAAUGUUUUUGAUUUUACAUAUAAAUAUUUAUAUUUUAUUAGACAUUUCAU